UGUUGUGUCUGUUAGGCUUCCCUUCAUUUGUUAUGUUUUGCCGCUCAGCGGAUGUGAUUGAAGUGUCCGAAGUUUCAAACUUCAAAAUGAGAAAAAGAAUGAACAAAGAAACAGUUACCUCGUUUUUCCUAUUUUUUAACAUAUGUUGUUCUAUAUGUAUUGUACUCUUAAAUAAGUGGGUAUAUGUCCACAUAGGUUUCCCUAAUAUCACUUUAACUUUUCUGCAUUUCGUUGUUACUUACAUCGGCUUGGAAGUAUGUAGAAGAUGCAGUGUUUUCGUAAAAAAGUCUCUGCAGGUUAAGGACAUUAUUUCGGUAGCUAUAACAUUUUGCGGGUUUGUGGUUUUUACGAAUCUUAGCUUGCAGCAUAACACUGUAGGUACUUUUCAAAUCGCUAAAUCAUUGACGACGCCUUUCAUCAUUAUCUUGCAAAUGAUGUUAUAUGGGAAAAAGUUUUCUGUGCGCGUGAAGUUGACGCUGAUUCCAAUAACAGUCGGUGUUUUCCUGAAUUUUUAUUAUGAUCUGCAGUUCAGUUUCUUAGGGACGGUGUACGCUUCUGUGGCUGUGGUUGUAACGUCAUUUUAUCAAGUGCUUGUCAGUAAAAAGCAGCAGGACUUGCAAGUGGAUCCUAUGCAACUUCUGUACUACCAAGCUCCAAUAUCAUCAUUGAUACUACUUAUACUUUUACCAUUCAUUGAACCAGUAGUGUUCACAAUAUCCCACAACUGGAGAACUGCAGAUGUUUGCAUGAUACUUGCAUCAUGUUUCAUUGCCUUUUUUGUAAACAUCUCAAUAUACUGGAUCAUUGGAAACACUUCGCCACUGACAUACAACAUGGUUGGACACCUUAAAUUUUGUGUCACCAUGCUAGGUGGUGUACUGUUGUUUGAAGAUCCUCUUCAUAUUAAUCAGGGUGUUGGUAUUUUCCUCACAGUUAUUGGGAUAACUUCUUAUGCACAUGUGAAGGUUACUGAGCUGAGACCAGUGCCCAAAACAGUAGAAGAAGGUUUCCAAAUACUCCCUGGUGGUAGGAUUAGCUAGUUUUGUUUCUGGAAGCUGAGCACUGGUUAAUGUGGCUGAAACCUUUUCAGUCUCGCCAUCAUCUUCAUUCUACAGACAGACAAUUUUUCUCAUCUAGGAACUCGUGCUCAUCUUGUGUCAAAAUGCAGCAUUUGUAUUCUAAAAGAGAAAAUGAUAUUGGUAUAUUGCAACAUUCUUAUCACCGCAGUAGUUCAGUGACAAUUUAAGAAAGAAUUAUUGGCAUGUAAAACAGUAAAUGCACAUUUGUUCUGUAUCUUAUGAACUGUAAUUCUUCAUAGCAAAACAAAUGUGCCCAAACAUUGGUGAUGCUGUUUAUGAGUAAAAGGUGAAAUUUUAUAUUUAAUUUAUCAUGAUGCAGUGCUUGUUUAUGAGUAAAAGGUGAAAUUUUAUAUUUAAUUUAUCAUGAUGCAGUGCUUGUUUAUGAGUAAAAGGUGAAAUUUUAUAUUUAAUUUAUCAUGAUGCAGUGCUUGAUAGUUAAGUUGUAGCAUUCAUGUAUGUAUGUUAAGUGUGUAAACAUGAUCUAGUUCAAUCCAGUGUGCAUAACAUGCCAUAGGAAUCUUUUAGUUUUAAUAAAACCUUGUCUACUGAUAAGUAUAAACAUUAAUUGAUCUAUGUGAAAAGACAAUAACAAAAUAUUAGUUUUGUAUGAUAUGCAUUCACAUGCUUUUUAGUAUAUGCACUAAUGUGCACUUUUUUUACAAUUUCAGGGACAACAUGUAAUGUCAAUAUCUUUACUAUGUAAAGAAGAUAUGAUGAAUGCAUUAAGACAUGACAUCCUCAUACCAUAAUUAUAUUUACUUGUUUAUCUUUCACAAAUCUGUAAUUCAUUCAUUCAUGGCCAAAAGUGCUAUUUGUGAUACAUUUCUCUACAUGUUAUUAAGGAAUACAUGUUAUACAUAUACAAAUUAGAACUGUGUGUUUAUAUUUUGAUUCAGAUUCAUGUUAUUUGGACCAGAAAUGUAUGUAUUUCCUCUUGUAUUUGUCCUGCUAAGAAGUGACCCAAACAUUGUGGUGGUAUAAUAAUAUACUGGAAACAGCAACAGCAGCAGCAGCAGCAGCAGCAACAAUAAUAACAAUUAAAAGAUUCUUAGUUUAACUAAGGCUAGCCAUAGUGGUUGGGCUUUUUGCUCCAUCAAAAGCACAUGAUAUAUUAGACAUUGAUAACUUGAUGCUUGCUGUUUCCUGUCCAUUAAAUAUUUCCUGAUAAUUUUGAGAAAUGUUCCCUUUCCCAUGGAAUUUACAUCAAGGAAAUGUUAAAUGUAUACAUCAAAAGUGGACAGGUCAACAUUAAAAUGAUACAUUAGCUGUGAA